AUGAAUCCUUUACAAAGUUAAUCCAAUAUUCCAGAAAUACCUUUAUCAUCUUUAAGUGUUUAGAGUUUUUCUUUGUAUUGUUUUUCCUCUAUGAUUUAAAGAAAUAUUGCCGGACCAUUUGGGUCUGAAUCAAUUUCAUUGCCUUUAGGUAAUUUGAACUUAUUCUCAGCCAUUCGACUAAGAAUAACUUUAUACAUGUUAGAUUUUUAGAGUGGCUCAAAAAUUGAUAUUAGCUUGGAUAGUGUUAUUUAAUUUUCGAUAACUCUUAUUUCAGGUACUUUUACCCCAAAUACACAUUGUAAAACAGCAUUUAUUGCCUUUGAAAAUAUCCACAGGUGUUCCCCACCUACUACUGAUUAGUAUGUGAGAUAUGAAUCAGUAAUGUAUCCAACAACAAAUAAUCCAGUUUUACAAUUACAGGGUACAAUGAAAUCUUCUAGUUAAUGGGGAUUUAGCAACAUUACAAUUGAUUAUGGAGUUUGUUAAUUACAUUGCUCAAUAUGUUUGGAUAAAACCAGGUGUUAAGUUUGCGAUUAAGGAUAUUUUCUUUUGGGAACUGAAUGUAUCAAUAAAUGCCCCAUAUACUCAAAUGACUGCGUAGAUUACGUAGACGAAAUCCCAUGUAAUUCAAAUAAUUAAUAUAAUAGUUUCAUAAUAUCUGGUUAAGGCAUUUUAUGACACCAAUAUGACAUUUGAUGAAAUAUCAUCUCAUUUUGAUUUGGUUGCAAAUGAUAGAGAUAAUUUCUUAACUGGUUAAAAUUUCUCUACUAUGAAUGAUAAAUUCGUGAUGGGAGGUCUUUUAGCAUGGAACAAUGCAAAAUACACAAAAACAUAUACAAUUUCUAAUCCUCAUUACGCCAUAUCUAUAAGAUUUAAUAUUACUUUUGGAGAUGAUUUUAAUGGGAGCUUUAAUUAUUAUUUAGAUUCUCAAUUAUAGCAGUCUAUUUCUAGAAAAUAAUAAAGUGAUGAUAUAAACUUAAUAGGUAAAGAAAGUAAGGAAAGUGUAACAUUUAUUUAUUAAUACUACUAACACACAAAGAAUCAAUUCAAAAUAGAAUUCGAAUGUACUGCAGAACAAGAUCUAAGAGAUGGAUUUUGUGCAAUAUCAGAAUAUUUCAUCGUAAUUCAUUAAUGUGUAACAGGGUGCUCUUCUUGCACUAGUCUUGAUGAGUGUACUUAAGGCACUAAUGUACAAAGUUGUUUGGCACCCUAAUUUUGGAAUUAUGAUGCCUCUAUACUAGCUUAUAGAUGUUAAUAUUGCACCUUGACUUAUUGUAAUUAAUGUGUCACAGCAACUCAAUGUAAAAUUUGUUCAGAUAAAUUUUCGCUAUUACAUGGAACUUGUAUUUGCGAUGAAACUCAAUAUAGAACAAUAGUAUCUGCCAAAUGUGUUUGUAAAACAGGUUAUUAUGAAGAUUAAUUUACAAAAAAAUGUUAGCCAAUAUGUGGAGAUGCUCUUGUUAUGGAAUUGGAAGUAUGCGACGAUGGUAAUUUGGUCCCUUUUGAUGGAUGCAAUCAGUGCAAAUAUGAAUGCCAAUUGGAGUGUUCUUUAUGUAUAGAUGGAUAAUGCUAAUCAUGUUAAGAUGGAUAUAUGAACAUUUUAAUGUAAUGUUAUCCUGAAUGCUCAUUCAAUGAAACAUAGAUAUAUCCAUGUUUUGAUAUUGAAGAAAAUAAAUUAUAAAAAUCAUAUUAAGCACCUUUGCUUAUUUCAUAACCAAUUUGUGGAGAUUUAUUAAUUGAUCCAUUUUUAGAACAAUGUGAAGAUGGAAACAUACUGCCAUUUGAUGGUUGCUAUAAUUGCUAGUAUUCUUGUCCUGAUGAGUGUUCAACUUGUGCAUUGGGUGUAUGUUUAGAAUGUAAUCAAUAUUGGGGUUUAGUUAAUGAAGAAUGUGUUGCUGUUUGUGGAAAUGGAUAUGUGCAGGGAAAUGAAUAAUGUGAUAAUGGAUAACUAGAUGUAUAAUUAAAUGGAUGCUAUAAUUGCGAAUGUGUUAAAGGUUAUCUAAUGACAGAUAAGUAUUGUUAAACUAUUUGUGGAGAUGGAUACACAACAAUGGAUGAAGAAUGUGAUGAUGCAAACUCAAUUCAAAAUGAUGGAUGCCAUCUUUGUAUUUUAGAAUGUUUGAAUUGCAAUAUUUGUAAACGAGGACAAUGUUAAUAAUGCUAAGCUGGUUAUUAUAAAAAUAAUGAUCAAAUUUGUUUAGACUCUUAAUGUGGAGACAAUAUCAAAAUUGGCUAAGAAUAAUGCGAUGAUGGCAAUCUUAAUGAGUUAGAUGGUUGCUUUUAAUGUCAAUGUGAACCAGGUUGGACUACUAAUUCGGGUAAUUUAUGUAAAUCUAUUUGUGGGGAUGGUAUUCUAGUGAACGGAGAAUAGUGUGAUGAUGGCAAUAACAUUCAAUUUGAUGGAUGUUAUUUAUGCAAAUUUGAUUGUAAUGUUUAAUGUGCAGAAUGCCUUUAAGGAGUCUGUAAAUCUUGCAAUUAUGGCUAUAAUUUAAUCAACAAUAAUUGUGUUAAUACUUGUGGAGAUGGAAUUCUGGAUGUUCUGAAAGAGUAAUGUGAUGAUAAAAAUCUGAUCUCUAGAGAUGGAUGUACUAAUUGUUAAUUGGAAUCAGGAUAUGUUUGUUUUCAUGAUAAUCUAAUCUUUAAUCAUUGUGAAUAAUGCAAAGAUGUUAAUUGUUAAAAUUGUGUAGUCAUUGAUGGUAUUUAGUCAUGUCAACAAUGUAAAAUAGGAUAUUUUGUUGAUAAAUAUUUUUCUUGUUCUGUUUGCGAUAAAAUCUGUAUAGAUUGUGUUACUACCUCAAAGAAUUGUAUUAAUUACAAUUAUAAUUAUUAUUAAGUGAAAGAAUGUAAUUCGAAAUUAGGAUUCUAUUAUGAUUAUUAAUUGAGAGAUUGUGUCUCUGAAUGUGGAGAUGGAAUUAUUUCUGGAUCAGAGAACUGUGAUGAUCGCAAUCUUAAUGAUUUCGAUGGAUGCAGUAGUAAAUGCUAAAUUGAACCUGGGUACCUAUUUGAUAAAGAUAGUAAUUAAUUGAUCAUUGAACCUAACGUAGAAGUGGAAUUUGAAUCUUCUAAUAAUAAUUAAUAUUCCAUUAUCGCUGAUACCUCAUAACAAGCAAUAAAUUGUACAGGAACUACUCUUCAUAUUGAAAAAUUUAAAUAAACUGAUUACAAUUAUACCAUUCUCGAAUCAGAACUUAAAUGUGAUCUAGACAUUUAAUUUUUUAAAAAUGUUGAACCCAGUAAUGUUAUUCAUGUCAUUAUUAAGUAUAAAGGAUAAUACAAAAAGCGAGCAUUAGAUGAGGAAUCAGUUAAGGAAGUUGUAAUCGUUCCUUAGAGAUAGGUUUAUGCAAGUUAAGAAUAAAAAGAGCAAGGAUAAAAAAUGGCUUAAACAUCAAAGACAGUCUCUUAAUCUUUACUUGUCUUGGGACCACUUGCCAUGUUGGUUGGAGGAUUCAAAUUUAUAUGGUCAAUUUUAGAUAUUUUAAGUUGGAUGAACAAUUUUUACUUCUUAAAUGUCUCAUAUCCUGAAAAUGUCAGACAAAUCUUCUUAUAAGCUUAAUGGGACAAUAUUGUAGAACUUCCAUCAGUCAAUACAUUUAAUAAUCAAAAUGAUCCUUAUUAUUUCUAAUCCCCUCCUAAGUUUGAUGAAAAGGGAAUAGAUCCUUUAUUCUUUAAUAACAUUCAAACUAUUCUUAUAUUUUUAAUAUAAGUAAUUUGUACUAAAAUACUUUGUAAAUCUAUUAGGAGAUUUCUAGACUAUCAUUAUAAACCAUCAAACACUACUACUUUUAAAAUAAGAUCCUAACGCUCAUUUUUUUAACUUAAUAAACAAUCAUCCUCAGUAUUAAAAUAAUAAGAUAUAUAAUAAUCUAAAUAGCAACUUGAUUAAGAAUAAUAAGUUUAUCAAAUAGAAGAUAAUAUUUAGGUAUAAGAAUAGGAAAGGAAGUAGGUGGAAUGUAAAAUAUCAGAAUAAUAAUAAUAAUAAUAAUAAUAAUAAUAAUAAUAAUAAUAAUAAUAAUAAUAAUAAUAAUAAUAAUAAUAAUAAUAAUAAGAAUUAAGAAAUAUUCCUUAAUAUUUGUAAUAAAUAUAUAAAGAUAGUGUAUAAUGUGAUGAAUGUUUUAUUGGAAAUUUAUUAAAGACAGUGUAAUUAAGUUUUCUUGAUUUAUGUUUAGCAAUAACAUUAUAAAUAACAAAUUAAUAAACAUCAGAAUAUGUAGUAGUAAAAAUCAAUAUAAUAUUUGCUUAUAUAAGUAUAAUGAUAUUAGGAUAUCUAUUAUAUUUUUCAUAUUAGAUAUCAAUUACUCAUAAAAAUCAAUUGAAUAAUAAACACUUUAAUGAUAGAUAUAGUUGUUUUUAUGAAGAAUUGAAAAUUGAUUAAAGAAUGGCUAUGAGCUAUUCAUUCAUUAAUUUACUAAGAAAAACUAUCUUUAUUAUAUCAACAGUAUUAUUAUAUUCAACUCCAAUUUAUUAAACAACAAUUUGUUUCUUAUCUUGUGUAUUGAAUAUUUUCCUAUUACUAUAAGAUAAUCCAUUUGAAACUAAAUAAUAAUACUUUUUAAAUCUAAUACCUGAUCUUGCUGUUCUAAUUAUUGUUGCAAUUACUAUUGUUUUAGCAUUUUAAGAUACUUUUAUUAUGUUUAAUGAUCAAUUCAUAUAUAAUUUAGGAUGGCUCAUUGUUGCAUGUAUCUAUCUAUCAAUUGGAUUGUAACUACUCUUUUUAAUAAAAGAACUUCUAAUCAAAUUAAUUCAUAAAUGCAAAACUCUAAUUAACCACUUUAAAAAAUAAUGA